ACCACUUUUGCUUCUGGAACCCAAAUGGAGCCGAGACCUCUUACACUAUCGACACAUUACUCGGGAAGCUGCCCAAAAUCAUGCUAAAGAGACUGGAUGGAAAGGCCGUAGGUAUCCCUGGGAAACUGCAUAUACGGGCAGAGAAGUAACUCCACCCUGCUGCCCAGAAGUUGUUCUCUAUCAACAUCAUAUCACAGCGGAUAUUGUUUUUGCUGCUAGAUCCCACUUCUUUGCCACACAUGAUAUGGACUACAUGCGACAGGAAGGUUGCCAAUUGGCUGUAGAAAGUGCUGAAUUCUGGGAAAGUCGAGUGAAAUGGAAUGAAGGAAGCCAAAGAUAUGAUAUCCAUGGUGUAAUGGGUCCCGAUGAAGAUCAUCACAAUGUGACUAAUAAUGUCUAUACGAAUGUAAUAGCAGGAUAUAACUUAUACUUCUCAGAAUUUGCAUCCUGUAUCUGUAGAAAAGUACUAAAUCUCCAAGAAUAUGAAGUGGUAGAAAAAUGGUCUCAAAUUGCCAGACAACUGACCCUUUUACAUGAUUCGGAACACGAUUACCAUCCACAAUUUGAGGGAUACGAGCGAGGGACGGCAAUUAAACAAGCUGAUGUUGUUCUUCUAGGAUUUCCUCUUCAAUAUCCCAUGGAUGAGACAACGAAAAAGAAUAAUCUGCACUACUAUUCCGAAGUUACUCGAGAGGAUGGCCCUGCUAUGACUUGGUCUAUGCACGUUGUGGGACACUUAGAUAUACAAGAGGUGAAUGAGGCAGCCCAGAAUUUCAAGAGGAGCUACGACAAUUACAUUAGAAGACCUUUUAUGGUAUGGAGUGAAGUUACAGAAGGAUUUGUGGGUGCAGGAAACUUUAUAACAGGUGCUGGAGGAUUUUUGCAAGGCGUUAUCAAUGGUUAUGCAGGAGUACGUCUUCAUCAGGACAGUAUGACAAUUGAACAUCCUCGACUUCCUCCUGGUGUUACAUCACUCACCAUAAACAGGAUCUCGUAUUUGGGAUCCACCUUCAGAAUUAGCCUUCAAGACACAUUCGCAUUAUUUACAGUGACACAGACUAAUUUAAGCAAACCUUUGCUAUUUACACUAAAUGACCAAGAAGUUGAUGGAGAAAUUCAGAUAACACCAAACGACAUUUUGGUAAUUAAGCCAAAAAGUUUUGACUUUGAGGACUGCGCCCUUCCAUCUAAUAUCAUCGGUGGAACCAAAUCUCUUCAAUUAGCAUCAAAUAUCAUCUUAAUUACUGCAUUUUCUACUAUUGUAAUCAACAGUUUGAUGUAAAAUAAAAAAUAAUGUAUCUGCAUGU